GAGUCCCCCGAGCGCGUCCGCUUCCUCGUUGAGCUUGAGUUCGUCCAGUGUCUGGCCAGCCCUCACUAUCUCGAUUGGCUUGCCAACCAGGGGUACCUGAGAGACCCGAAGUUCAUCCGAUACCUCGACUACCUGCAGUACUGGAAACAGCCGCAGUACUCCAAGUUUCUGGUGUACCCUCACUGUUUGAGGUUUCUGGACCUUCUCCAGCACGAGGAAGUAAGGACGGUCUUGACAAACGAUCGUUCCAUCUGCCUCAAGAUCACCGACCAGCAGUUCUAUCACUGGCUG